CCAUGACUUAAUAGGCAAAUAAGCCAUUCUAUAGUAUCCACAUGAGUAAAAACAUCAAUAUCUUUUCCAUUUAGAUAAGCAAUAAAUAUUGAAAUAUUGGGAGAUUUUUUGUUACCCAAAGAAGAACUUGGAAGUAAAUUACUUAUGAUGUAUUUAUCAUUAAUAAAUAAAGAGAGUAUCAAUCAUAAUAUAUAAUAAAUAUUCCAAUGGUUAUGAGAAAUGGUUCAGUUUAUAGAAGAGCCAUUUAUGUUUUAAGUGUUGCCAUAAAAGUGAAAAAAGAAUAAUUCUGUAAAAAUUAAGAUGCUUACUUUGAAAUCGUAAGAAAAUUGGCAUAUGUUAUAUCAUAACUUGAAGUCAAUAGAAAUUACAUAUAUAGAAAUGAUGAAAAUAAGGAAGAAAUACAUACUCUAAUAAAAUAAAUAUAUUAAGAUAUUAAUAUAAGUGCAGAACAUGAAAGUUUUGUAGAAUUUGAUGAUUCAUAAUAUAUGUUCUUAAGAUUGCCAUAAUAACAAUAGCCUCCAUAAAAUAUCAUAAUUAAAUAUAGUUAAGUACCAUUUCCUAUAGUUAAUAUAAAAUAAGGAGUUUAAACAGCAUUUAAUCCAAUAUUAGAGAAAUUGAUACCUGAAAUUAAUGGUAUUAAUUGUGUUGGAGCAAUUUGUUAAAAAUUGAAAGAAUUUAAGGCAGAAUAAAUAAAGACUGCAAUAAAAGAGAUGAUAGAAUGUAAUUUAAUUCGUUUAGUAGAUAUGAUAAAAAUAACAAAUAUGUAUGUAAUUAAUGAGAACUUUUUUACUCAUGAAUUUAGGUAAGAGGAUAUUUUAUAAAUUAUUAAUACUAAACAUGAAGCAUUUUAAUUGAAAUUUGGAUAAACAUUAGAUUUUGAAUUACUUAGAUAAUAUUUAUAGACUUUGUAUAUUGAAAUGAAAAGAGGACUUACACUUAGAGAUUAUAUAGAAAAUAAUAAAGGAGUUUUAGAAUUUGUAUAUAUUUUAAUAAAUUAUAGAUAUCAUUAACUAAAUUAAUAAGAUAUGGAUAAUUGAACAAUUUUUUAAAUAGAGUUCAUGAAUAUUUUUUUAUUUGUGCAAGUUAGAUAUAGAAAGCAUAAAAUUUGGAGAAUAUUUUUUUAGUUGCCCCAUCUAAUUAUGUUAAGAUGAGUGAACGAUUUAAUGAGGAAGAUAAAAAUUCAAAAGAAUAAUAAGAAUAAUAAAUGGAAUGUUCAUUAGAAUAUUCAAAGAGAUUUGAAAAAGGGAUUGAAGGUUAAUUUAUUGGUUAGAAAUUAAAAGAUGAUGAGAAACUUAAGGAUGCAAAUGAAACAAUUAAAAAUAUGAUUUUCAAUUAAGAAACAUUGGAUGAAAUUUGUUUAGUUUUUAAUUUAGAUUUAGAAUAAUGCCACUAAUUAAUUGAGUCUAAAGAGUAUGUUAUUAUACACAAAUGA